GUAAAAAAAUUAUUAUACGUCAUUUACAGACUAGCAACAUCGUUAUAAUGAAAAUAAUAAAUGGCCCUCUGUUUUAUAAGCCGCCCCAGGCAAGCGCAGAAGGUGUUGUGGUUACCUCGAUGCACCGUAUAAAACAUUGUAAACUUGACAAGCAAGACUCCGAAGGCUCGCCGUUGGACCAUGCAAUUUCGCUAUCCAACGCUUCGUUUAGUACGGCGUAUGACGACAGAGAGCAUUCAGUUGAACGUCGUACGUCCUCCCAUAGGUUGCGGAUUUCUGCAACAGUUUGGGGUGUAUAUAUUGUAACAUUCUUUCGGGAUAUCUAGCUAAAUUUCGAGAUAAUAUAACUAUUGAGAGUGUAUUUCAAACGUUUAAAGUGGAAUUAUUAUAACUUAAACAUUGGAUUGAUAAUUGAAUUUGUUUUUGUUCUAAUGUGUCAGUUUUAUGUGAGACGUAUAUAUGCACAUACACGACAGGAACUAAAACAUUCAGAACAAUGUACUCAGGCAACGUAAUUAAAACGAUAAUAUUUCUCGCGUUCAUUGCCGCCUGUAAAUGCGCUCUUCCGUCGGCAUGCGUGGCGUGCAAACAAAGUCGUAGGUGCCUACCGCCGGACUGCUACUGUUGCUCCGACGAGCUAACAAUCUCAAACGUUACUCUCACGCAAAUACCUCAGAUGGUGUUCUUCACUUUCGAUGACGCCGUGACCGGUCAGGCGGCAGGAUUUUACAAGCAGCUGUUCGAUACUUCCCGAAAGAAUCCGAACGGUUGUCCGAUUUCCAUGACGCUUUUUAUAUCACACGAGAACACGCAGUAUGCGUUAGUGACGGAGUUCCACGGCCUUGGCAUGGAAAUAGCGGCUCAUAGCGUUACACACAGCACAAUGAACGGAUCAAAUUUCUUCGAGGAGGCCAAAGCGCAGAAAGAGAACCUAGCGAAACUCGCUGGCAUUCCUGUCGAGGACAUAACAGGCUGGAGAAGCCCCUUCCUGAAGCCUACGGGCGACCUUCAGCCUGAUACUCUUAAGAAUCUUGGCUACAAGUACGACGCGACGCUCACGUUUAGUAAACGAAGUCUCCGGGAGAAACCACCGGGCCCCUUUACGUUAGACUUCGGAUUUCCGUACGAGUGUCAAGUGAAGCCGUGUCCGAAAAGCAAGCAUCCUGGCUUCUGGGAAAUACCGGUGGUGUCACUGAUGGACUAUAAGCAGGCGUACGAUUGCGUGUAUGUCGAUGGCUGCAUGAAUGCACCACCAGACGAGGAUUCCGCUUACAAAUUUCUUUGGGAUAAUUUCCUCAGUUAUUAUACAACUACAAAAAUGCCGUUUGGUAUUAAUAUGCAUUCGUCGUGGUUUUAUUACCCUGACCGCCUUAAAGCAAUGGACAGAUUCAUACAAAAGCUUGUCUCCCUCAACGACGUCUAUAUUGUCAGCGUGAGUAAAAUGAUAGAGUGGCUUAAACGACCAACGCCGCUGCAGGAUCUACACUCGUUUGCUCCAUGGGCCUGCGAUGGCCGUGAGCGAGCAUUUGAAACCGGUCCGCGUCUUGUUCAAACCAUCGGUGUGCCUUCACCCAUCCCACGAUCCUUCAUUCAAUGGUCCGACGGACCGACGGUAGUUCACACACCGAUGCCCUUCUCGGGCACUCAACGGACUUUUUCUCAAACAAGACCGCUAAGUCAACAAACAAUUACACGCGACCUCUCGCAAGCUCAAACAAACGUAUUUAGUGAUCAAGACCUCCCAAGGCGUUUACAGACCCAACUCAGACAAACGGAAAGACCCAGGUUUACACCGCGUACUUCAGAUCAGAUGUUCAAUCCUCGGAGACCGGAUGCAGUUGAAAGGUUAUCCUCGCCAACAAUAGGCCCAUCGCCGCGUUCACAGGAUUUUCUGUUGGAGCAACACGAGGAACGCUUGCGUCAACAACGAAUUUUAGAAGAACGGUUACGACAGCAACAAGGUGACAUUGAACGUCAGCGAUUGCGGGAAGCAGAGAUGCAAAGCCAAAUGGAGACAGAACGCCUUCGUCGGUUAGAUUUCGCGCAGCAACAGCAGCAAGCGGCAGAGCGUCAACGCCAGUUAGAAUUUGAACGUCGACGUCAAAUUGAAGCUGAGCGCCAGAGACAACAAGAAGAAGAUCGACGGCACGCUCUUCAACAGCAGCUGGAAGCCGAACGCCAGGCCGUGCAGCAGCGUGUCUUGCGAGAGCGCCAACAGCAACUGCAUGAUCAGCGGCAGUUAGAGCGCCAACAACAACUUAUUGAGCAGCGGCAUUUGGAUCGUAAUGCGAUGUUACAGGAGCAGCAGUUACACCGCCGCCACGAGCUGCUUAUGCAGCAGCGACAACAGGAGCGUGGUGGUUCCGGUCAGAUUAUGACCUCUCCACAAGACACGAUCAGAAACCCACCGCCAGAAGUGCCAAUCAAUAAUAACAUUCUGUGGAAGCCAGUUAUACCGUCUAGUAUUCCCGAUGAGGUCAUAUCUAGAGUGGAAAACCGGCGACAUUGGGUACCACAAAAUGUACAACAAGAAACAACUAAUAUUGGGCGAUCUUUGGAGGUUUCUAACACUCUCAGACCAGAUGCUACUCAACAGACCGGCGUUAAUCUUUUGCAAAGAAUCGAAACUCCUUCGAAAGUUGGCUAUAUUACCCCUGCGCCACCCAGAGUACAGUCACUGAUCACAUUACGCUUUUCCGAAUCUCCGCGCGACGCCUGGCUCUCGAACAUGCAAGCAGCACGUGGUCUGUCCCCGAACGCUCCGAGGUCCGGGCGUGGAGGCUCGAACCGCCGAACGGGCGACCAGUUGCAACAGACCAUACCAGCGCAGUUACAAGAUCAGAACGUUCGACAAAGUACCGUUUCAGGUGGAAAUAUGCCCAGUAGACAAUUAAAUGUAAUGACACCACAUGCGUCCAACAGGAUUCCGUCGCAAAGUAUAGGACGGACCAUUGCUCAUCCUAAUAUUGCGCAACAAAUUGCAUGGCAUAAUUUUAUCAGGCAGAUGCUCGGUCCACAUUGAUCCGUGUCAUGACGUCAUUAAAUUGUAGUGCUGUUUUUGUUAUAUUUAAUUGAGGUUUCCUAUUGAUUCAGUGUCGAAUUAACCCCUUGAAUGCUGGGAAAUUUGUCGCCUGCUAAAAUGUCGUCUGCCGAAUUUCUAAAAUUAGCAUUUUCUUCCAUUUUUUUCAAAGAAUACUAUCAGAAUAGCAAACAGUUUGGAUCCUGAUGAGAAGCCAUGUUCUGUGGCGUCUUUCUGGAUCCAAACUGUUUGCAAAGGCCUUCAAAAAUUGGGAUCCUGCACUGAAAGAGUUAACAACAACGCUUUUUAUGUAUGGUUUGGGCUAUUUUACGUGACUUACGCGUCUCGUUACUUUAUUCAGAGUUCAGAGACAAUGUGAUGAGUGAAAACAGUCAACCUGCUUUAUAGUAAACCUUACUAACACGAGUACCCGGAUGAACAAAACAGGGUAAACACUUAAUACAUUCUUUUUAAAUGAGGAUGAAAACAUAUCGUCAUGCAACGCUUUAUUUUAAUUUACAAUAUUUGAUGAACAAUCAAUUUGUAUUGUAUUGCUUAUUUACUUCUUUCAAAUAUUUAUAUUGUUGUUCUGACGUUGAUGUCAUGAUUUG